AUGGCAAGUCCCCAAGCGGCAGUACCACGUCUGGAGCGCAUUCCAUCGUCCUCCCUUCUCAUCAGUCCGCCUCCAAGCCGCAAUAAUUCUCGUAAGCGCUCGCACAACGUGUCCGAAUCAGAUCUUCACAAAGUUUCAAGCGAACUUAAGAAUGGCGUCUCAAGUGCUACAAAGAGCAGAACAGAGCCCUCCAAUGGCAUCAAUUGCAGUGCUAAUAGUAGCAAGAAAGCUUUAGAUCGCUUCAUUCCGACGCGCAGUGCCAUGAAUCUCGAUUUGGUACAGUGCAAUUCACCCGAUACAAUAGCAGCCAUUGAGGCGGCUACUAACAGCAGGAAAAACAAUAGUCCCAGUUGCUCAGGAGGGGCCUCAACUUCUAGUUCUCUAGCUGAAGACGAGGAGAAACAGAUUUAUAAAAAGAGACUGGCUAGUGCUCUGCUGGGCAAGGAGGAUGACACAAAUCAUAAGAUCCUUAAGUUUACAAAGGACAAGCCAGCGGUGGCUCCACCGGACUCGUUCAAAUCUACGUUACAGGCCAGAUUCUCACACAAUAAGGUGACGGUGGUACCCGCUGCUGCAGCUAAGAAACUGAACCGUCACGUUCCGUCGGCACCGAUUAAAGUUCUGGAUGCACCAGAGUUUAUGAAUGACUAUUACCUUAACUUGCUGUCAUGGGGAGCCAAUAACGUCUUGGCAGUGGCUUUGGGUCAGUGUGUCUACCUCUGGAACGCUGUUUCUGGUGAGAUUGACGAGCUCAUGACCCUCGAUGGCGACGAGUAUGUGAGCUCGGUACAGUGGAGUGAUGCCGCGAGCGGCUUGUCCCAUCUGGCUAUUGGAACGAGUGAGUCCGUGGUGCAGCUGUGGGAUGUCACUGCCUCACGUCAGGUCCGAACAAUGAACGGGCAUUCAUCACGCGUGGGUGCGCUGGCUUGGAACAGCUAUGUGUUGUCAUCGGGCUCUCGUGACAGCACUAUCAUUCAUCACGAUGUCCGAGCACGGCAACAUCAGCUGUCAACGUUGACUAGCCAUGAGCAGGAAGUAUGUGGGCUACAGUGGUCUCCUGAUGGCACCAUGCUGGCUUCUGGUGGUAACGAUAACGCGCUGUGCCUAUGGAAAGCUGGAAGCAUUGGCACUAGCCGCAGUAUGCAAACCCCCGCUCACCGUUUAGAGCAGCACACGGCCGCAGUGAAAGCAAUUGCAUGGUGCCCGUGGGAGCGCAACCUGCUUGCCACAGGUGGUGGUACUGCAGACCGCACGAUUAAGUUCUGGAACACGUCAAAUGGUGCAAUGCUGAAUAGCAUCAACACGGGGUCUCAGGUGUGCUCACUGUUGUGGUCUACCACAGAAAAGGAACUGUUAUCAUCGCACGGAUACUCGCAGAACGAACUAUGUUUGUGGAAAUACCCGAGCAUGACCAAGGUGAAAGAGCUUACAGGUCACACUUCUCGCGUGCUGCACUUGGCAGCGUCUCCUGAUGGUGAGACGGUAGUGUCCGGCGCGGCAGAUGAAACACUACGAUUUUGGAAGGUAUUCGGUCCUAAUCGUAAAGCACGAAAGGCCGGCUCGAGCACUACUGUGCUAAGUAGCUCGUCGCUGUCGAGCGUCAUGAGCAUUCGAUAA